ACGUUACUUAGUCUGACCUUAAAGAGAGAAUAGUUAGCAUCCCAUUGUCGGAGGGCAGUUGAGGUGUGGUGUUCACAUGGCCGCAACUAUGGAAUAUCGGAGUUUUGGAAGAAAUUACUUAAGCCGUCCGCUCAAGAAGAGGCCGGUGUCCCUCGCGUUUGAAAAAGAUAACGACCAGCCACAAGACUUGAGUACUACCAAACAGCAUCGUCAGAACAGGGACAGGGACCACGAAGCCACGAGAAGCGUAACACAACCCAUCCUGCACGCCCAGAGACCACCCACCUACACCCCUCUCGACUACACAUACGCCGCCCAAGCACACCACGCCACCUGGCCAUGCUGGUCCCGCGAGCAGUCUCAAGAUCUAACACCUUUGAUGGCGAACCAUUACAUGAAUUUCUUCCAUUCCUCCGUGGUACAGCACCAACAGUACCUCCCGCAGAAUGGGUGGUGGUCCCAGAGACAUGCGGCGGCGUUACCUGCCGCGCAGCCGCACCUCCAUCACCAUUAUUUAUCAGCAACAUCCUAUCGAAAGCCUUUCCCAACUCAUCCUCUUUUCACGAAGGGUCUUUCGUCUUUCGUGCCUUCCGACCAUCGUGUCAUUUCACCGGCAUCGACGACUUCCGACGACUCUGGUUUCGGGGCUGAAGAAGUCUCCAACGACGAGGACGAGAUUGACGUCAUCGGCGACGGUGACGACGAUUUGUCACCAUCAUCGUCGUCGAGUGCAACUCCAGUUCCUACUACGAAUGCCGGGGGAGAAAGCAAGACCUCUAGUGAGUCUCCUCAAGCCCCUGUGACUGGUGGAAGCAGACCCAAGUACCUACUCCCCUGCCAACAGUGCGACAAGGUCUACAGAUCCCCCGGGGCGCUCAAGAUGCACAUCCGAACGCACACCCUCCCGUGCAAGUGCCACAUCUGCGGGAAGUCCUUCUCUCGGCCGUGGCUUCUGCAGGGCCACAUCAGGACCCACACGGGGGAGAAACCCUUCCAGUGCCCGCAGUGCGAGAGGCGUUUUGCCGACAGAAGCAACCUAAGGGCGCACCUGCAGACGCACACCGACGUGAAGAAGUACGCUUGCGGCACCUGUGCGAAGUCCUUCUCUAGAAUGUCUUUGCUCAACAAGCACGCGGAAGUCUGUUGUCCUAAACAGAGUCCAACAGACUCGCAACACCCGAACAACAGCAAUUCCACGCCGUGCAGAUGAGUCUCAUCAAAGCUUUUAUUUUUAUAAUAUAUAUGUCCGUAUUCUAGUCAUUUAAAGCAAAUCAUGUGUCACAUCUAUAUGAAUUCCUAAACGAAUGAAUGUACAAAUUAAAAGAUUAUUUUGUGAUA